UUGUAAUGUGUAUCAGGUUGAGUGUGUCCUUGAUUUCUAUUGCAAAGCUUGUAAAAGAUUUCAAUACUUCAGUAUCUUUGAAGAAUAUGAGGUUUCUAGCAGUUUCUAGUGUCAUACGGAGGUUUUAUUUGAAAGUUCUUUAUUAGCGGAUAUAUAUUUAUGGGAUUCGAAUGAUGACAAUAUUCCGAGGAAGUUCGUCUGAUGCUGUAACGAUAAUCAAAAAUAAAUUUUGACAAGCUUGAUGUUGGUAGAAUUGUUGUUUUGAGUAGUGAUUAUUAUGGUAAAGAGAAAAAGUCUUGCAAUUAGCUAUGACAAGAAUGAGUAGUGGGAGUAUAGAAAAAAAAUAUUGAGUGCUAGUGACGGGACGGACACUUGUUUUUGCUUUUGAAAUUCUCUUUAUUUACAUCUUUGAAUUAGUAUUACCAAGAAAAUGUUGUACAUUUAUGUGGUAGUAUUUAGGUUCCCAUUUUUCAUUGAAAAUUUUACACUUUAAGUUUAUUAUGUUUCAACUUAUAUUUGUUCGUAAUAUCGUAGUUGUUUUAUUUAUUGGUAUUCAUUUGAAUAAAAAUUAAAAAAAAAUCUCAUUAGUUUUUUAGAGUGGACGGACACUCUUUUGUUAGCAUGAAUAUAUAGUAAUCCCAACGAAAAAGUCGUCUUAAAAUGGAAAGUGGGGGUAUAGGAAAUACGUGCUAAGCGUGUGCUAAGUAAUGGAAGUGGGAUGACGACUUUUUGGUUGGGGCGACUCAUGAUGAUGACUACAACUAUGAUAACUACUUGUCUACCUCUACAGGUCCAUACGCAACUAAUGAGGUUUUUUUAAAUUUUUCCUUAUUAUAUUUGCAUAAAUAAAUAUACAUAUAGGUAUAUGUAUAAACAACAUAUAUUAUUCUAGAUAAACACAGUGUAAUAUUUUAUUACGGAAACACUGUUCUGCAAUAUGAAUGUAAAAAAACAAUGUAUUGUUACACAGAGCUGAUAAAUAAAGAGGUUUUAUGAAUUAAAGUAGGUCCAUAUUUUUGUUGUCCAAAUACUCGGGUUUUCAAACUUUAGUAUAAUCUAAACUAGAUACAGAUCCAGGCAUUAAUGACAACAAGUACAUAAGAUGUAGACUUAAAAAUGAUUACGAUAAUUUUUGUUGUUAUGGCUAACAACUUUUAAAAUGAGAUGAUCUAGUGUAUGUUGCUCUAAAUUAAUUAAUAAACAAAUUCACUAAUUAUUACGUAUAUAUUUAUAUAUACGUAAUAUACAUAUAUAUCGUCAUAAAAGCUCGCUACUCCGACCUAGGUCUUAUUCUCCACGCCCCACUAUAUGUAUAAGAUGCACGAAAAGAGACACGAAGCAUGAACUAUAAAAGCCGAAAAUAACCGAAAGAUUCAACUAGUUUGACCUUUUUUUAAACCCUUGAUGACCUUCACUCUUCAAAACCUAAAGAUCGGUCGUGGCAUAAACUCGUGUUUUCAUCUGCCAAGUUUACAAAACUUCAAUUAUUUUUAAUUUUAUAAAAAGUACUUUAAUUAUCGAUAUACUUGAAAUCUUUUCAUUAAUAUUUUUUAACAACAUUAUAAAAUAAAAAAUGUCACGAGAACGAGCUUCACGGCGAUUUUACAGAAUGGAUAGCUUACACGAUUUAUCGAUAUACAUGGAUCGAGGUCAUAACGCUGAACAAGAAAAUCGAUGGAGUUUUGAAGUAGCAUGGGAAGUUGCUAAUAAAGUUGGUGGAAUUUACACUGUAAUUAGGUCGAAAGCUUAUGUAUCAACCGAAGAAUUGGGGGAUCAGUAUUGUAUGAUUGGACCUUAUAAAAAACAAUCUGCUAGAACUGAAGUAGAAGAAGCUGAAUUUCCUUCUCAUAGUCCUUUAAAGAAAGCUGUCCAAGUUUUAAGAGACCAAGGAUUUAAAGUAGUUACUGGUACUUGGUUGGUCGAUGGCAAUCCUCAAGUGAUUUUGUUCGAUAUUGGAAGUGCCGCUUGGAAAUUAGAUGAAUACAAAUCAGAAUUAUGGAAUACUACUAACGUUGGUAUUCCACAUUUAGAUAUUGAAGCUAAUGAUGCAGUAAUACUGGGUUAUCUUGUAUGUCAAUUUAUAUCAGAAUUCAGAAAAGCUGCAGAGGAAUGUUCUAGCGUACAUCCAAGAGUGUUGGUCCAUUGCCACGAAUGGCAAGCUGGUCUUGGCCUAGUUGCCUUGAGAACCAGACAUGUUGACGUGGCAACAAUUUUUACUACUCACGCAACACUUUUAGGCAGGUAUCUAUGUGCCGGAAGAACAGAUUUUUAUAAUAACUUGGAUAAGUUCAACGUUGAUGAAGAAGCUGGAAAACGUCAAAUUUAUCAUAGAUAUUGUAUGGAACGAGCAGCGGCACAUCUUUGUCAUAUAUUCACAACUGUUUCGGAUAUUACUGGAAUAGAAGCUGAACAUUUGCUGAAACGUAAACCAGAUAUUAUUACACCAAAUGGUUUAAAUGUAAAAAAAUUUUCAGCAAUUCAUGAGUUUCAAAAUUUACAUGCUGUAAGCAAAGAAAAAAUUCACGAAUUCGUUCGAGGUCAUUUUUAUGGACAUUUUGAUUUUGAUCUGGAUAAAACUUUGUAUUUCUUUACUGCUGGGCGUUAUGAAUUUGGAAAUAAAGGAGCUGAUAUUUUUAUAGAAGCUUUAGCUAGGCUUAAUCAUUAUUUAAAAACUUCAAAACCAGAUGUUACAGUAGUGGCAUUUUUAAUUUUUCCUGCGCGAACAAAUAACUUUAACGUCGAGUCUUUACGGGGUCAUGCUGUCACUAAAUCAUUAAGAGAUACAAUCCAUGUAAUUCAACAAAAUGUUGGCAAACGAAUGUAUGAAUCUUGUCUUGCUGGGCGAUUACCUGAUGCUAUGGAUAUGCUAUUGAAAGAUGAGAUUAUUAAAAUUAAAUGCUGUUUGUAUGCAUUGCAACGGAAUGGCUUACCUCCAGUUACUACCCAUAAUGUCGUUGACGAUUGGAAUGAUCCAAUCUUAAAUGCAAUCAGAAGAUGUAAUUUAUUCAAUACCAUCCAUGAUCGAGUUAAAAUAGUUUUUCAUCCAGAAUUUCUAUCUUCCACAAAUCCAUUAUUUGGUCUUGAUUAUGAAGAAUUCGUAAGAGGAUGUCAUUUAGGAGUAUUCCCAUCGUAUUACGAACCUUGGGGAUAUACUCCAGCUGAAUGUACAGUGAUGGGAAUUCCAAGUAUUACGACAAAUUUAUCUGGGUUUGGUUGUUUUAUGCAGGAACAUAUUGCUGAUCCUAAGAGUUACGGAAUUUAUAUUGUUGAUCGGCAUUUUAUUGAUGUUGAGUCUAGCGUUCAACAAUUAGCUCAUUACAUGUUUGACUUUGCUCGACUUAGUCGACGACAACGAAUUAUUCAAAGAAAUCGUACGGAACGUUUGAGUGACAUGCUAGAUUGGAGAAAUCUCGGGAUUUAUUAUCGUCAAGCAAGAAUGAAAGCUUUAGUAAAAUUAUACCCAGAAUACACUUCUGAACUAGAUGACAUGAAUGUUGGUCAAUUCAACUAUCCAAGACCAUUAAGUGAACCUCCGUCACCUUCUUCAUCUCGAGUUACUACACCUGCGGCUUCAGUUCAUGGUUCCGAUGAAGAAGAUGAAGUAGACGAUGAGAAAGAGCUUGCAGAACUGAGACAAGCAAAUGAAAGAUAAGAUGGUAUUUUUACUUGGGUAACAAAACUAAAUGAUCAAUUAAAACUAUGACACUCAGAGAAUUUUACGGUAUUUUUUAAAUAAAAAAUUUAUAGAAAAAUUGAUGAGAGUGACUGUAGCGGAUAUGAGAAAAUUUAUAAAUUUUUACUAAAUAAGUAAAUUAGUUAAAAUAAUUAAAUUGAAAAAAACCCGCGUAAUAAUUUUUCAAUUAUCUAAAUACAAAUUUUUUAAAUAUUUAGUCUACUUACAUUUUAUUUGUUUAUUAAAAAAUUAAAAAAAUUUCCAAUUGUCAGCUACACUCACUCUCAUAAAAAUUAUUAUAGUAAUAAAUGAGCAUUGUAAUCUUGACGAAGCAACAGAUUAAAUUAUGUUUUUAAAUUUUCACUAGCUGUAUCGUAAUUGAUUAUGCCAAAUUAGAAUAUUUGAUAAAAUGUUCGUAAAAAAUAAAAUGAAAACCACAAAUUAAAAAAAAAAAAUCAGUCUAUCAGUUGACCCUGCGAGUCAGCCCCAAAGCUACCCGCUACUUUCGAGCUCCUUGAGCUCGAAAAUACUUUUGUAUGUCGUUGUUUGCGAAAAAAACGUUUUUUACUAUAUUUUUUUCCAACAAUAUCUCGAACGAAUUGACUGAUUGAGACGAUUAAGGUAGUAAUCGACGCGUUUUAUUGAAUUCUAAAGCUAAUCAGAUUUCUAAAUUGAUUUGUCUAGUCAUUUUUGAGAAAUUUCAAAAAAACUAAAAAAAAAAAAUUGUUUCUUAAUUUUUUUGCUAACGGUUUCUAUUGAACGAAUGAAUCGAUUUUAAUGGCUGAGGUGGCAUUUGACGCGGCUUAUGAAGUUUUAGAGCUGAUUAGAUUUUGGAAUCAAUCCAGUGCGUACAUACACACAUGCAUACACUCGGACAUUAUCUUGUAAUUAGUCAGAAUUCCUGGUUAAAAAUACUGAUUGAAAAGAAUUGAGAAGCGGUCACUCCAUGCAAACUGUAUAUCUAUAUAAAUAAAUAAAAAAAUUUAAAUUAUUGAAAAGAAUUCGAAUUUCAUCAUUUUUAAUUCUUUUCAAUCAAUAUUUUUAAACAGGGAUAGCUUCCUAGAACCUCAAAACUUCAAAAUCUGAUAGAAAUUCGAUUUUCGAUAAUCGGACCGAAACCAAUAACUUCCCGAAAGUAAAUUAUGGUUCAUUUAUUUGAAUAAACCACUGAUAACAAUAAUAAAAACAGUCCAUUUACUAAAUUUUUCAAAAAUUUUAUAAGCAAUCAAAUACAUAUUUAGAGUUGUAAUACAAAAAAAAAAAAUUUACAAGACGUUACACGCGGAAAUGCUCGUUUAUUUACACCUCAAUAAAUCACGUAAUUAAAUAAAAAAAAAAAGAUGUUUUAAAUAUCUUAUAUUUUAAAAGAGAAAUGGCUGAUAUACUUGAUUCUUAAUUUAUUUACUUAUAACUUUUUAAUUUUUAUAUUUAUUUAAAAAUAACUGUUGGAUGUAUGUAUCAUUUAAGGAUCAAGGACUUGUAUUUUUUGGUGGCUCUACAAGAGUCUACCCUAUAGACUCAAACUGUAAUAAAAUAAAUAGUUUAUACUAACUAGUUUAUCAGUAAGUACUAGAAUGAACGAAAAGAGCCGAAUAUUUCCGAAUAAACAUGAAUUUUAAAGAUUUUUUUUAAAAUUACUAUGAUGUGUAGUACAAAAUUUUAAAAAAGUUUGAAUUUUUAAAUUUAAAUUGAUAAAUUUUUCAUUACACCUAGAUUUUGUUUAGUUAUUUUUUAAGGUAAAUACUAAAAUAAAGUAAUAGAAAUUUCGAUAAGUCUGAAAUAUUACUAUGUGAUAUAGUAAAAAUCUCUUGAAGUACAUUUCAAUAAAAUUACCGAAAUAAAUAGAAUAAAUCGCAAGAAUAUCGCGUUGUCCCACCGUUACUUAAAAUUUUUGAGUAAUUUUUACUAUAAAAUUCUCUGCGUGGAUAAGUUUCAUUUUUUAUUAAUUUCUCUCAUAUAAGAACCAUACACUGUUUUUGCACUGGUAAUUUUCUUAGAAAUUAAUUUUUUCUGUAAUUCUCAUUUUUGUUUGAUAUUAGAUUUAUUAUUAUUAUCUUUUUUUUUCAUUAAGGAAGGUCGGUAAUAAUUUUUUUUUUUUUUUAUUGAGUAUUUUUUAGAAAAAGAAACUAUACUCAAAACGACGAAUGAGGCUUGAUGCAAUACUCGAUAAUUUACGUUGAUGUUUUUAAAAAUUUUUAUUUGUUUGAGAGAAAAACGUGAACAAAGUUUUCAUUUACUGUGCAAGUGCAACAAGGAUAUACCGUUCAUCCACUUUAGAGUAAUAGAGAAAAAAGACCCGACCUUUCUUAAUAGUUUGAAUUUUUUUAUGUUGACUGUAAAAAAUGAGUAAGAUUUAUUAAACACUUCUUUUGUAUUUAUAAGAACAAAAUGAUAUUUUAAUAUAAAAAAUAUUGUAUUUUAAUAUAGAAAAUAUUAUAUUUUAAUAUUAAAGUUUUUUUUAUAGAAACGUUUAUUCAAGUUUAUGACUGCAAUAAUUUUAUAUAG